AGCGCAUCUCUGUGUGUAAUGAAGCAUAUUUUGUUAUGUUAUUAGUCUGCAACCUUAAGCCCUAAAUUCUGUUGUAUUCAUACAGAUAGAACUGCAAACAAGAUUGCACACGUAGGGACACUACGUUGCAGACCUCUCAGCUUUUCUCUUCACUAAGGAAGGUUUCUCUCACACGCUUCGGGUAUUAUGCCCGUUUUACAUGGCUUUCGAUAUGCAGAUUAUCUGCAAUUUGACAUGGCAUCCGAACAGUAUCUGAGUAUGGUGUGUUUAGAUUUUUCUUGCUAGGCUGAAUUUGAGUACGCUAAUUUAAUAAUUUCAGUGAUUGAUUUCUUUUUAUUUUCUGUUCUAAAAUGGGCGGUGCUUACGCAGAAGGCAGGAUGUCUUCACAGGAUGAGUUUUUCCAGAAAACCCUAAUAUGUGCUCUUUAAAGUUCAAGGGUGGAGAACAAACAUGAACCGAAUGCUGGCCAACAAAAGUAGACGCAAUCAUUUGGAGUCAGGAUUCAGCCUCAUGAAAAGGCACGUCAGAGUAUUUUCAACUGGCCGGGGAGAUGGACGCAGAUUAAUUGUAUCUGAGAUAAAUCGGAGGAUACGUCGACUGCAAGUGGAUUACCUCUGCUCGAAGUUGUCUUCUCCGUAGCUCCUGAGGCCUUCUCCUCUUUUGAAAAGCUCGUGCACGAGGAUGAGCACUAUCAGGGUGGUAUUGUCAAAACUGACGGUGAAUUUAAAGACGUUAUAGAGAAAACAGCAACCAGAGUUUUCAAGAAUGGAACAGUGUAUUUCUUUUUUAAGAGGGAAAGGGUGGCGGUUUCGUCAACUUCAAGCUGCGACUUCAGGCAUGGAGGAUGAACCGCGUGUUCUACACUGUAACCGUCCUGAUCUCAACGCCAAGUAUGAAUACGUUUCUAAUCGAACGUCAUCGACGAAGUAUACUUGGUGGAGUUUUCUACCAGGGGCAUUGUUUGAACAGUACCGUCGCGCAGCAUACUGGUAUUUCACAGCCAUGGCUGUGUUAUCACUGUUACCCUUCAGCCCCUACAACACCGUCAGUAUCUGGCUUCCACUUGCGUUUGUGUUGACGCUUGGCAUUGUCCGUGAGCUUUGGGAAGAUUUGCGACGUGGUCAGGGUGACCAAGAGGUGAAUAAUCGACCUACUCUUGUGCACACGGGUAAUGGUCAAUUUGAGGAAAAGAGGUGGAAGCUCUUGCGUGUAGGUGAUGUAGUAAAAGUAAUUGAUGGAGAGUAUUUUCCAGCUGAUUUGUUGCUGCUUUCUUCCACUGGACCGGAAGUCACUUGCUACAUUGACACUAAGAAUCUCGACGGAGAGACCAAUUUGAAGGUGCGCCAUGCUUUGGAGUGUACAUGCACAAUUGGCCAGAAAAAUGGUGAGAGUGUAUUAGGAGAGUUUUGGGCCACUGUGAGAUGCGAUGGUCCAAAUGCAUCUCUUUACAAUUUUGCUGGGCUGAUGGAGUUGCCAGAUGGGCAAGUGUACCCUAUUGGACCUCCCCAAAUUCUUCUCCGCGAUUCAAUCCUUCAAAAUACUGGAAGCGUAUAUGGAGUUGUGAUCUACACUGGUCAUGACACAAAAGUGAUGCGUAACUCAACUCCGCCCCCAUCGAAAAGGAGUCGUGUGGACUGCACCCUCGACAAAUUGAUUAUUGCAAUGUUCGCCAUUUUGGUUGCAUUGUGUAUAACCACAGGCGUAACCAUGGUGAUUCAAACAAAGCAGGAGGGCUCAAAUGCCUGGUACUUGCAACCAGGGCUGAGUAAUCCAUAUUUCGAUCCCAAGAAUGCUGCAACCACCGGCAUUGUCUCUUCUGUGAAUGGCUUAGUUCUGUAUGGUUACCUUAUACCCAUAUCGCUCUACGUCUCGCUGGAGGUUGUCCGAGUCCUGCAAGCACUAGUCAUGAUGGUGGAUAUCCAAAUGUACGAUUCAGCCACUGACAAGCGGUUUCGAAUCAGAUCUACUAGUUUGAACGAGGAGCUUGGGCAGGUGGAUACAAUCCUCUCUGACAAGACGGGAACUCUCACAUGUAAUCAAAUGGACUUCUUCAAAUGUUCUAUAGCGGGCGUCUCUUAUGGCAAAGGAGCCACAGAAGUUGAAGCCUCAAUUUCCCGCCUUGGUUUGUCUAUUGGGGAAAGAGUCACUCAGUCUUGUCGUCGAGAUGUGGUAGAGCACAGCACUACGUCUAACAUCCACUACAGAGAUACUGAUCAUAGUGUUGCUAGUACAAGUGAGAUUGAAGGACCUACUCAUAAUCCUUACAAAGAAGAAGGGUUUAACUUCUACGAUUCUCGGAUACUCGCAGGAAAUUGGGUACGUGAGAAGGGUCGGAAAGAAAUCCAAUUCUUCUUUCGUAUUCUUGCGCUAUGCCACACAGCCAUUCCAGAUGGGACCCCUGAAAACCCUGCUUCCAUGCGCUACCGGGCUGAGUCUCCGGAUGAAGCUGCGCUUGUUGUGGCUGCGAAGCAAUUUGGAUUUUACUUUUACAAUCGUACGCCGACAACCAUUUACUUACGAGAGACGCACGAGCCAGGAGCAGAGCCAGUGAAUGUAAAGUACCAGAUCUUGAAUGUGCUAGAAUUCAGCAGUGUGCGGAAGCGUAUGUCUGUGAUAGUUCGUUUUCCAGAUGGAAUUUUACUACUGCUCUCUAAAGGAGCAGACUCAGUGAUACUUGAGCGUUUGGACCCUCAAAAUCAAGGAUUUGUGUCCGAAACUAUCAAGCACUUGAAGGACUAUAGUAAAGUUGGUCUACGCACCCUCUUAAUCGCCUAUAAGGUGAUUCAGGAACAUGAGUAUCAGACAUGGCAAGUGCGGUUCGCAGAGGCGAAGGCUACACUUGGGCGAGAACGCGAGAUUCGCACUGACGAGGUUGCGGAAGAGAUUGAGAGAGGACUGACAAUUGUAGGAGGCACUGGGGUAGAAGACAAGCUCCAGGCUGGUGUCCCGGAGACAAUACAUCGACUUGCAUGUGCAGGUCUCAAAAUCUGGGUCUUGACAGGGGACAAAGUGGAGACUGCGAUCAACAUAGGUUAUGCUUGCAGAUUGCUGAGACAUGGAAUGGAAAAUCUUAUAAUAAGUUUGGAGAGCAAUGAGACCUUUACCAUUAAGGAAAAUUCUGAGAGGAACCAUCUUUCACGAGAUGAUGCCUCAAAGGCUUUGAAAGACUUGGUGGCGCGAAAGAUUACAGAUGCAUUAGAAUUGGUGACAGUGUCAAAUUCAAAUCCUAGAAUGGCAGAAACAGGGGACCUGGAAGCUAGGUCUGGAAACCCAAAUUCUUGUAGAGGUUCGCAAAUGACCAAGUUUUCACCUAUAUCUCAAGUGGAUAAAUUUGGUUGGGCUGAAUGCCUCAAAGCGGUUGAUGAAACCAGCCCCGACACUCAAGUUGAGUAUGCUUUAACGAUUGAUGGACAAUCAUUAGUAUUCAUUAUGGCAGAUGUUGAUCUACGGGAUCAAUUUUUGCGGGUUUGUAUGAGCUGUGCAUCAGUUCUUUGUUGUCGUGUUUCUCCUCGACAAAAAGCCCAGGUGACAAAACUUGUAUGCAAAGGAUUGGAGAAAAGUCGUCUUUGUCUUGCCAUCGGCGAUGGCGCAAAUGAUGUCGGCAUGAUUCAAGCUGCUAACGUGGGAGUUGGCAUAAUCGGAGUUGAAGGUGCUCAGGCUGCAAUGACUGCUGAUUAUGCAAUUGGACAAUUUCGGUUUUUGGAGCGACUGCUUCUAGUUCAUGGGCAUUGGUGUUACCGCCGCGUCUCCGUGAUGAUACAAUAUUUCUUUUAUAAAGUUUCCUUACUGGGCUGGAUUUCAUUCUAUUCAAAUAUUGAGGCGCAUUUCUCUGGACAGCCACUCUUCAACGACUGGUACGCCUCCUUUUACAAUCCAGUCUUCACAGCACUGCCAAUCAUGGUCGUGGCAGUGAUUGAUCAAGAUGUAACAGCUGCUCAAUCUUUGAAGUACCCAGAGCUCUACCGAGCGGGGCAGAGGAGUGAGCUGUUCAACAUCAAAACAAGUUGCUUGUGGCUGCUGAACUCCUGGUACUGUUCGAUGAUCAUCUUCUUCUUCCCAGUAUUGAUGCUCGGACCGUGUGCUUUUCGUUCUGACGGCCAAGUUGGAGCUCACCAGGACUUUGGACAAGCCAUGUUCACAGGGAUUAUUCUUGUGCCCAACUUACAAGUCUUUUUAUCAAUUCAGUAUUUUACAUGGAUCCACCAUAUCGCCAUCUGGGGUAGCAUUUUGUCUUGGUAUUUAUUUAUCCUUGUUUUUGGGUCCCUGCCCCCCAAAUUGUCCACCGUUGCCUACAAAGAGUUUUCAGAGGUCCUGGCUCCUGCAAUUAGCUACUGGCUCCUGCAAUUGCUGGUCGUAAUUGCUUCUUUGUUGCCAGAUUUUGCUUGCCGCAGCUACAAAUGGAUCUUCCAACCAACCAAUUGUCAAAUUGUCCUUGAGCUGGCUCGGCUCCAAGUUGCUGCUGAUCAACGUCCAGACCAUCAUCUCCUUUAGUUUUUCUUUUUGGUACGUAACAGACCUUAUUCAAUUAGGUGCUUCAAUGAGCAAGGCUCUCAACGCAUUAGAGUUGAUAUUAAAAACAUCCCCACGUUGAUUAACUUUUCACACCAAGGUCCUCUCUGACCAUGUAGAGUGCGCCUCCUUGUGGACUUUAGAUCUUCCCUCUGGCUCUGGAGUAUUUGAGUUAUAACACACUUCAAGGCUCAAUGAUCAAUGCAUGUUGGCAUAUAAAAUAGGUCCUCUUGCUCAGAUUAACUGAGAUCUAUUUUAUCCCCUCAACCUUAAAACAUGACAUGGUCAUUCUUGCAUUGUUCACCUGGUUUUGUGUAGCUGAAGAAUUUGAACAGCUGCAACAAAUUUAGUUCUGUCGAAAUCGGUCUAGAACAUUUCAGCGAAUUUCCUUUCAUGUACCGUAUCAAGGUUAUACCCUUCGUUCUUACACUACGAUUCAAAGUGAGGCUUCUACAUUAGAUACACCAUGGUGGCAAUUGAUACCUGCCUGGUAUCUGAUCAUACUUUAAUAUGAGGCCACUUUGAUGAAAUUUGGCAUUUUUUAAAAUAUUUUGUGUAUUAUAAUUUUUUUGGUUCUUUACCAAUAUAUUAUAUUGGAGGAUACGAAUUUACAAUAUGACACAUUUGAGUUACAAACAUUCAAGGCAAGUAACACAUGUAUGAGAUGUA